AUGGGUAUCACAAUACAGGGCGAGGUUAUUGAUAUCACCGUACGGGGCGAGGUUAUUGAUAUCACGUUUCAUAGGAACGUACUGGGAAAUACAGUACAGGGCGACGCACUGGGUAUCAUGUUACAGGGGGACCUACUUCAAAAUACUGUACAUAGCGACGUUCUUCGUAUCACAGGACAGGGUGAUGUACUGGGUAUCACAGUACAGGGUGAAUUCAUGGGUAUCACAAUACAGGGCGAGGUUAUUGAUAUCACCGUACAGGGCGAGGUUAUUGAUAUCACGUUUCAUAGGAACGUACUGGGAAAUACAGUACAGGGCGACGCACUGGGUAUCAUGUUACAGGGGGACCUACUUCGAAAUACUGUACAUAGCGACGUUCUUGGUAUCACAGGACAGGGUGACGUACUGGGUAUCACAGUACAUGACGACGCACUGGGUAUCACAGUACAGGAAAACGCACUGGGAAUCACAGUACAGAGUGACGUCCUUGAUAUCAGAUUACAGGGCGACUUUCUGGGUCUCAUAGAAUAG